GCUGCUGCUCUGCUGCUCUGUGAAUACCUGAGCGGCCAGUACGACCGGGGAACACGAAAGGAGGCGAUACGUUUGAACACGCAGAGGAGCGCCUUGGUGACAAUCAUGAGGAACGUCGGAGGCCUCCCACUAGUCCUUUGCACGUUGGUCUUCGGCUGCCGCAUGACAGAGGAUGCCGACGCCCUCGUCGGCGUUUCUUGUGGGAGCAACGCCAGAGCACGCUUACCACCGGCUCUGAGGAUGGAAGCUAAGGGCUUCGGCCGGCCGAGCUCUACAUCUGAGGGGAAGACUAAAGCUUCGCGUUCGAGCAAGGCGGCGGGUUUCGGUGGUAACCCUGUCUCCAAGACGCCCCGGGUCGGCGGCGGCGGCGGCGGGAACAGUAAAUCGACAGCUCCGGCGAAGGCAGCCCGAGUCGGAGCUGGCACCAAAGCGGCAACAACUGGCGCCACGGUUCAGGUACAGCAGUUAUAUGCCGACAUGCAGAUCAAGGGAAGCGGCGCGGACGACGCCGUCACUUACCGCGCCAGGCCGUGA